AUGAAUUCCCGUUAUCGACCAUAUAGUGCUAGAUAUAAGAGGAAAAGAGUACGCGAAGAUAUGGAAUACAUCCGGGAACUUAAUGAUGAUGCAGAUUUUGAUGCUGCCUAUUCAAGUAGUUCUUCUGAUGUCGUUGACUUUAACGAUAAUAGCGGUGAUACAGAGGAAGCUGAAGAUUUUGUCAGUUGCGUAGGGGAUGAAAAUUUAAAUGUAAAUGAAAUUUUUAGUGACGGUUCACCGUUAUCGACGGACGCUGAAGACGGUUUCAGUGAUGAUGACAUUGAGAUUGUAGGCAUAUCUAGCGCUGACGAGGUGGAAGAAAGUAGUGAGGAAGAAGGGGUUCCCAACUUUCGCGAAUUAUUUGCUUUAUGGGCAGUUACCUGGGGAAUUAAUCAAAAUGCAGUUGAUGCUCUUUUAGCAAUUUUUCGUUUGUUUUCAUGGGGUAUGAACUUUCCGAAAUCUUGCCGAACUUUGAUAAAGACACCUCGUAAGGUUCCGGGGAAGUUCCUUAUUUUGGAAGGCACCGAAGAACCAUGGGUUACAACGGUGCCCAUAUCGUGGUUUGACGGCGAAGUUUGUUGGUGGCCUCCAAAGUGCAAAGACUUAACAAAGUUCAUUGAGUUAGGGUAUGAACCAGAUAGGGAGAAAUGGGAAAAGCACCCUGCCCGUGUUAGAAAAGGCUUCGGUAUGGAUACAUAUCAAGAAGCACGGCGCAAUGAGAAAAAGGCCUUAGAAAUGGAAGAAAUUAUAACUACUGAUUCGGAGAAGGACAAGCGCAGCACCCCAGUUAGGCGACCUGCAUCCUCAUUACACGAAUUUACACCUUUCGUAGUUGAUGAUAAUGACAGGGAUUUCUAUAGUAGUCAGGAAAAAGAGUUGAGAAAUAAUAAAGGCUGCAGGGGAAAUGGUAAUUCUUCAGACGUUUCGAACACGUCUGGAAAUUACAUGUCAACAACUUCAAACAGCCCCUUAUUGAUGCCCACUGGAAACGGAGCCAACAUCCGACGGCACCGAAUUGCUAAAACUCAUGGUGAAUCUCGCGAUGAAUUUGUUCAUCGCGGGAUAGUGUCUCUUUCACAUGAAAUGCGAGACCAAAGCUCCGUAGGAAUGGCCGUUCUAGACCGACUCAACAAUAUAGAGUCGGCUCUGAAACAAAAGGAUAUCGAAACUGACCAAAACGAAGAAUUUUUGGAAACGCUGCCUCUAACCACAAUGGAGGAGUUUAAGAAGUUUAACGAAGAACUCAACAAACCCUGUAUUAAAAAAUGCUUGAACAUUCAUCUUAUCGGGAUUGGUGGUCACGACGCAAAAACCAUCGUUCGGCUUAUUACACGGCGCUUAUUCACAAAGGAUGUUGGGAAGCACUUCAGUUGGUUUGGACAGAGAGGAAAUGAAUGCCUCUCCGCUACGAAUAUCGGAAAAUCCAUUAUAAUGGCCGCGAAAAGGACUCAACCAAUGAUUACCGAGCAAGAUGCCAUCAAGGUGGUCCAAGCUUUGCUGCGCCAUUGUAAGGAUAAGGAAAAAAAUAAUAAUAGCAUGUCCUUUUCCCGCCCAGCAGGACGUCCCUCGGAUAUCAAUCGGCAUAUUCUCGGGAGGUCUUCCAAUAUUCAGUCGAGAUCCGAAGGACAUCCAACUCGGAGGUCAGGCAGUUCCACGGAUGUCCAAAGGCCAGCACGACUAAACGUUGAGGCUGAAAAAAGAGGAGAGAGUCGAUCUAAUGAACCAGAAGAAGUGCAACAAGAUUGGCUACGAGAGCAAGCAUUGCGACAGCAAUCCCUGCGUGAAGAAGAAAACGAAGAAGAAAAACGUGCAAGGCUACAGGACAAAGCAAAACGGCAGCAAACUCUGCGCAUGGCUGAAACUGUUGAAGACAGGAAGAUAAGAUUGAUCGAAGAUAACUUGCGACAUCGACUCCAACGCGAACGAUGUACAGCAGAAGAGAGACUUUCACGUGCAACGCUGGAUCGAUUGCGUCACCAAAUGUAUCUCAUCGAUGAAACGCAUGAAGAGGCUGAGGCACGGCGGGAAUUCAACAGAGAACAGACUGCCAGCUACAGAGCGGUUGAGAUAGAAGACGAGACAGAAGAAAGACGAGAAGAAAGUCGUAUACGGAUGGAAACACUCCGUGAGGAGCAAGACGAAGACGAAGAAUUACUUCGCGCAAUAAACGCAUUGGAACAUGCAGAGAUUAUGGCUCUUGAAACAGAAGAAGAACGCACUUUCCGCGAACAGUUGUUAGCUGCCCGCAACCGCGAUGGAGUACCGAGAACUCAUCGUGCGGCUUGCAAAAUCUUUGUUACUGAAGAGAGCGUUCCAUUGCAUGAGUGUGGGGAUAUGGAUAUUUUGUGCGGAGAAUGUAAUGCCAUACAUUUCAAGGGUGAGCAACCAACAGACAAGAAAUUUACUCAAUGCUGCGGAAAAGGCAAGGUAAUUCUUCCACCUCCAAAGGAGUGCCCUCAACCGCUGGCUAAACUGUUGCAGAACGACCAUCCAAAGGCUAAAGCGUUCAUGACCAAGAUCCGCAGCUACAACAGCGCACACGCUUUUGCAUCGUUGGGAGCAAAUAUUUCAUCACCAACAGGGCGUGGACCCUAUUGUUUCAGAAUCCACGGUCAAGUGUACCACAACACCACAACCGUCGGUCCUAAUACGAACAAUCCCAAGUACGCCGAUCUUUAUUUCAUUGACGCUGCUCAGGCCAGCGAGUUCAGAUCCAGUUUCUCAUCAAAUGCAGGGUGCUGCAGGAACUUAAUGGAAGAAUUGGACGCAAUGCUUCGAGAAAAGAAUCCAUACGCAGCCAUUUAUAAGAUGAUGCGUCAAGUGCUUGAAGAAGAAUACCGCCGAGCCCAACAUGAGAAUCUCCCGCAUCAAACAGUGGGUAUGAUCAUCAGCAGUGAUCGGAAAAAUCUCGACAAAAGACGUUACAACAGCCCGAUGAUAAACGAGAUUGCAGUAAUUUUCAAAAGCUCUAACGGUGAGCCGCCAGCGAAAAGGGAUAUCCGGGGCCAUCUCUUUAUUCCAGUCGUGGGGAGAAAAUUUAUACAAAUAGACACACAACAACCCAUGUGCGACCCCAUGACUUACCCUUUGCUAUUUCCUAACGGGGACGACGGAUGGCAUGUUAACAUGCCUUAUAGCAGAACCACACGUCGCGAAAGAGAGGAAACAGCAGCGCAAGCAUUGGAUGGGAAUGAAGAGGACGAAUUCAAUUUCCAAAGGCUCAACGAAAUACUGCAGAUGGUAAAUCCACCAUUAGAAGCCGUUGAUGGUAACGACCCGUUAGUGGAAGAACCAGAACCGGAACCAGACGAGCAAAUUGAUAACGACGAAAAUGAUCCACAGCGAUUGAAUCGUGGCGGAGGAAAACGGAAGAGGGUGACGCAGUGUGAAUUUUACAGCUUUCUGAUAUCGAUUAGGAAUUACUUUAACAACGUCUUGGCCGGCGGACCACUCACUCAGCAAUGGUUGGUAGAUUCUUACGUCAAAAUUGAAGCCAACCGCGUGAAGUACAUCCGCGAACAUCAGGCAGAACUUCACGUGGCUCAAUACGAUGGUCUCUUGGACUACAUAAACAAUCGUGCAGAACGAGAAAACUUGACGGUCGGAUCAUUUCACGUUCUACCAUCGAGUUUCAUCGGUAGUCCAAGAGCGAUGAAGCAAGCGUACCAAGAUGCAAUGGCUAUCUGCGGAAAAUUUGGCAAACCCAUAUUUUUCUUGACGUUCACCUGCAACCCCAAGUGGAAAGAGAUCACGGCCAACAUUCCCAGUCAUCUGACGUCGUCUGAUCGACCCGAUAUAGUAGCAAGAGUAUUUCGACAAAAGAUGAUUGAGUUGGUCAACGACAUUGAAAAGCGCCAGGUGUUGGGAUUUGCAACUGCACGGAUACACGUCGUUGAAUUUCAAAAGCGAGGAUUGCCCCACUGCCACAUGCUUAUUUGGAUCGACAAGCGUGACGCCCCCGCUACAGCAGAAGAUGUCGAUGCAACUAUCAGCGCAGAAAUUCCAGAAAGAACUACGCAUCCGAGACUGUAUAAAAUCGUCAUGGCCCACAUGAUUCACGGUCCAUGUGGGUUAAUCAACAAAAAGUCCCCUUGCAUGGACGGAGACCGAUGCUCAAAGUCUUUCCCAAAGCAACACAGCCAAGAGACCAUAGUCAACGACAACGGCUAUCCUACUUAUAGGCGACGAGAUACAGGAGUUGUACAUUACUUGAAACGAGGACAGAUGGAUUUCACAGUGGACAACAGAUGGGUUGUUCCCUACAACCCUUGGUUAUUGCUCAAGUUUGAUUCCCACAUCAACCUCGAAUAUUGCGCUUCCAUCGUCAGCGUCAAGUACAUCUUCAAGUACGUCUACAAAGGGUAUGACUGUCUGAAAAUAGAUCAAAAAGUGGGAACAUAUCAGCUCGAAGACGGGGACAAACCCAGGGUGGAGUGGGACGAAAUAACAUCCCAUCUUGAUACGCGGUACGUCAGCGCCCCAGAAGCUUGUUGGCGAAUAUUCAAGUUUCCACUUUCUGACCGUUCGCACGCCAUCUAUCGCCUGGCCGUCCAUUUGCCUCGAGAACAGCCCGUCUUUUUCCAGCCAGGAAACGAAAUGCAAGCCGCCAUGAAUGCCGCCUCGAGAGAUACCAACCUGACUGCUUACUUCAAGUUGAAUUGCAUCGAUGAAGACGCCCGUCAAUAUUUCUACAGAGAAAUACCCCACCAUUACGUUUUCGUCAAGAAAACCAAUUCGUGGAAACGUCGGGCGAAAAGGGCGAAGAUCAUCGGUCGCCUAUACACGGUUGGCGUACGGCAAGUUGAACGUUAUUGCCUUCGGUUGCUUCUCAUCAACGUCAAGGGGCCAACGAGCUUCGAAGAUCUUCGAACGAUUGACCAGGUUGUCCAUCCUACAUUCAAAGCUGCAGCAAUAGCUUGGAAUUUGUUGGAAGAUGACAUCGCUUGGGCUAGAGCCAUGGAAGAAGCGGCAGCAUUUCAAAUGCCUCUUCAGCUGAGGCAGCUCUUUGUCGACAUUUGCCUCUUCUGCAAUCCCUCUGACGCUCUGCAUCUCUUUGAAACCAACCUGACCCAUCUGAUGGAAGACUUCAUAAACAGCGGACUCGAAGUCAACGUGGCCAAGAAUUUGACGUUGAAAUGGAUUCAGGAUAAGUUACGUCUCCACAAUCAGACCAUGGAAGAUCUCUCCUUGCCUAUUCCUGAUUUCUAUCUGAUAAACCAAAUGAUCGAUGUUCAGAUAGAAGAAAACAACGAAAACACUCGAACAGAAAAGAGAAUGAUUGGCGAAAUGCUGCUGGCUCAACUCAACGACGGGCAACGCGCUGCCUUUAAUCAAAUAAUGGCUGCCGUUAACGAUGUCGACAACUUACAUCCGCGACAGUAUUUUCUGGAUGGUCCUGGAGGAACGGGAAAGACUUUUCUCUACAACACCCUCAUAACCGUCCUACAAGGCCAAGGAAAGCAAGUCAUCGCAGUGGCUUCAACAGGGAUCGCAUCGACUUUGUUGCUAGACGGGUCAACUUACCAUUCUCAAUUUAAGAUUUACCCUCCAAUAACAGAGACGACAAGGUCGAAAAUCGAAGAAGGAAGCUACAGUGCGCAAAUGAUCAGGAACGCCAGCCUUAUAAUUUCGGACGAAGCUACCAUGAAAACCAACCACGCCCUCGACGCGCUCAAUCAUCUUUUCCAAACCGUCAUGAAUAAUGGUGUUGAACCCUAUGGUGGUAAAGUUCUCUUGCUCGGUGGGGAUUUUAGGCAGUGCUUGCCCGUUGUGAGACACGGAAACAGAGUCAAAGUCAUGGAAGCGACCAUCAUCAACAACGCUACCUGGCAUCUUUUCCGACAGCUUCGAUUAGUGCAGAACAUGCGCACCGAAGCCAGUAGUCAAGAUUUCGCCGAUUGGCUUAUUCGACUCGGAGACGGAUCCUUGCAACAAACACCGCGACUCAACGACCCAGAACUCAUCGAAAUUCCGCAAGACUUUCUCAACAUUCGAACAACUUUGAUCGAACACGUAUUUGGAAAUCCAUCGGAUCUCUUAAACGAAGGCGUGACUGAACAAAUUUGUAACCGAGCUAUCUUAUGCCCCAAGAACGAAGAUUGUCUCAGGAUCAACGACAAGAUUAUUGGAGAGAUGCCUGGCGCACUUAAAGUCUGCAAAAGUAUUGACACCAUCGAUUCAGAGGACCCAGAAGAAAUAUCCAACUACCCUCCAGAAAUUUUAAACACCUUCAACGUGUCUGGGUUACCUACGCACCAACUCAAACUGAAAAUAGGAGCUAUCGUCAUUCUCCUAAAGAACAUUGACUCGCGACAGGGACUUUGUAACGGCACGAGGCUCAUCCUCAAGGCACUCCGCGAGAACCUCAUUGUAGCAGAAAUCGCGGCCGGGAAACACAAAGGGCACAAUGUCUUCCUCCCACGGAUGUCCAUGUCUCCCACCGACUCUGACUUGCCCUUCAAACUCAAGAGGUUGCAGUUCCCUGUACUUGUGGCUUUUGCCAUGACCAUAAACAAGUCGCAGGGACAGACCUUCGACCGAGUUGGGAUCUACCUUCCGAAAGCCGUUUUUAGCCAUGGACAGCUUUACGUUGCAUUCUCGCGGGCGACGUCAAGACAAGGUGUCAAGGUUCAGUGCGAAGAAACCGAGAAACAAGGCAAACUGCUUAGAAAUCUUCCGCAUUCUACGGCAGAAGAGAAAAACAAAGUAUUCACCAAAAACGUUGUUUACAAGGAAGUUCUUCUUUAG